AUGGGUAUUCCAGCUGCUUUCCGAUGGCUUUCGAAUAAGUAUCCGAAGAUUAUAUCUCCUGUUAUCGAGGAUCGGCCUGUCGUCAUGGAAGACGGGACCGCAAUCCCAGUCGACAUCACUCGUGCGAAUCCAAACGGCGAAGAACUAGACAACCUUUAUCUUGACAUGAAUGGCAUUGUCCACCCGUGUUCGCAUCCGGAUGACAAACCGGCCCCCGAAGACGAAGAAGAAAUGAUGCUUGAAAUUUUCAAAUACACCGAUCGAGUACUCAACAUGGUCCGACCACGAAAGAUUCUCAUGAUAGCAGUCGAUGGUGUUGCGCCCCGUGCCAAGAUGAAUCAGCAGCGAUCGAGACGAUUCCGAUCGGCACAAGAAGCCAAAGACAAGGAAAAUGACAAACAAGAGUUGAUAAAACUGCUCAAGCAGCAAAACGGAGGCAAUCUUGCUACUGAGAGCACUGAAGCCAUAGCGAAGAAAGCAUUUGACAACAAUUCGAUUACCCCUGGCACUCCCUUCAUGGAUAUCUUGGCCAGCAGCCUGCGCUAUUGGUGCCAGUAUAAACUGAAUACAGAUCCGGGCUGGGCAAAACUGAAAGUCAUCAUCUCAGACGCCACCGUGCCAGGUGAGGGCGAGCAUAAGAUCAUGAAUUUCGUCAGGUCCCAGCGAGCUAGCCCAGAUUAUGACCCCAACACUCGACAUGUCAUUUAUGGUCUAGACGCUGAUUUGAUCAUGUUGGGACUCGCAACUCACGAGCCUCAUUUUCGCGUUCUACGUGAAGAUGUUUUCUUUCAGGAUAGCAAAGCACGAACCUGUAAGCUUUGCGGUCAGCGAGGGCACGAUGCGCAAAACUGCAAAGGCGAGACAAAGGGGAAAUCCGGAGAGGUUGAUGAGAAAGACAAGCCCGUGAUACUCAAGCCUUUCAUUUGGCUGCACGUCUCAGUUUUAAGGGAAUAUCUGGCUGCUGAGCUUGCCAUACCUGAGCUCCCAUUCCGUUUCGAUCUCGAGCGCGUUAUCGAUGACUGGAUCUUCAUGUGUUGCUUUGUUGGAAAUGACUUUCUUCCACAUUUGCCGGCUUUGGAAAUUCGUGAACAUGGAAUUGACACACUGACGACCAUUUGGAAACAAAAUUUACCUGCGCUUGGCGGUUACAUCACAAAGGAUGGUCACAUUGAUUUGGAACGGGCCCAGUGCAUCCUAGACGGGCUUGCAGGUCAGGAGGAUAUGAUCUUCAAGAAGAGGAAGGAACAGGAAGACCGUCGCGAAGCAAAUACAAAACGUCGCCGACUUCAGAACAAUGGUGCAAGCGGGCGUGAUAGCCGCAAUGAUGGAAAGAGUCUCAGAAGUGGACAUGAAGACCCAUCACGCGGGCUUGCUCUGCACCCCAUUGAAUCAAUGCCAACAGCACCCCUGAGAGGCAUCACUCACGACAUGAUCGUCAAUCGAACGAGCGUCAGCGACGCAACUGCUGCUAACAAAAGCGCGGCAAGUGUCCUCAAAGAGCGCUUGAUUGCAGGUCGAGGCACCUCGGGCCAUGAAACAAAUCUGAAUGACACGGAAGAUAGAUCGUCACAGUCGGCACCGAGCAAACGCAAACUUUCAGCUGUCGAAAGUGUUGAGGACUCAACUCCUAACGAAUCGCAAGGCACGACCAAUCCAGCCAAUGUCUCUGAGGCCCCAGCGGACCCGGUUCGGCUAUGGGAAGAUGGUUACGCUGAUCGGUAUUACCAGCUUAAAUUCCACAGGGACCCUGGCGACAUAGCGUUUCGCAAGCAUGUUGCUCAUGCAUAUGUGGAAGGAUUGGCGUGGGUUCUGCAGUAUUACUUUCAGGGCUGCCCGUCUUGGGAAUGGUAUUAUCCCUAUCAUUACGCACCAUUCGCUGCUGAUUUCAAAGACAUAUCUGGAGCCAAUGUCGCAUUCGAGAAAGGCAUCAUUUCCCGGCCGUUUGAACAGCUCAUGAGCGUUCUGCCAGCCGCCUCGCGCGAUAACUUGCCGGAAAUUUUUCAUAGUCUGAUGACUGACCGAGAUAGUGACAUCAUUGACUUCUAUCCGGAGGAAUUUGAAGUUGACUUGAACGGGAAGAAAAUGGCUUGGCAAGGAGUUGCGUUGCUACCAUUUAUUGAGAUGGACCGUCUUCUAGAAGCUGUACAAAGGCGAUAUCCACUUCUCAGUGACGAAGACAGUAAGCGCAAUGGUGUCGGAAGGGAUGUCUUGCUGCUCUCCGAUAGCCAUGAGAGCAUCUAUGACGAGAUCUUAACAAACUUCUACUCCAAAAGGCAAGGCUCCGCGCAAUUCAAACUCAAUCCCAAGACGAGCGAUGGACUCUCUGGUUAUGUUGAGAAGCAAGAAGGGUACGUGCCACACGGUACGCUACACUAUCCCCUCGAACGCAAAUCCAUGCCAGAUAUAGAGUAUGACAGAACUAUGAGCGUUAAUUAUGACAUGCCAAAAUUGACACAUGAUCAUAAGUCGAUGCUCCUGCGUGGAGUCAAAAUGCCCACCCCUGCACUCACACGAAGUGAUAUCGAGAUCUUGAGAGGUAAGUCGUCGAGAGGUGGAUACGGCGGCAGCAACCGUGGUGGACGAUAUGAUCCUGGUGGACAUCACCACUUCAGGCAGAAUGGAAGGGGCCGGGGCCAAGACUUCGGCCACGGCCGCCCCCAAUUGAACUACCAAAGGCAAGGGGACUUGCGCCCCCCACCACAACACCACUUUCAGGGACAGGGCGGCUGGCAGCCACCCCAUCCUGGGUCUUCUGGCUUUGGAAGAGGCGUUCCACCGCCACCACCUCCGGCACAACACAAUGGGAGCUCCCAGGGCUACUACAAUGGUGCUGGCUACGACCGCGGUUCUAGUCAAGGCUAUCCGCCGCGAGGUGGGCAGCCUUACCGUGCUGGAUGGAAUGGUCACCGAUAG